AUGUUUGAGGAUGGUUUAAAUGAUGCUUUUUCGAAAUUAAAAAUGGGCGCUUGCGCCGAGGAAACGGCAAAGCUGUACUCAAUAACUCGACAGCAGCAGGACGAAUAUGCACUGGAGAGCUAUCGACGCGCUCAACUUGCCUGGAAGGAGGGACUGUUCAACGAGGAAGUUGUAGCAGUAACAAUUCAUGGUGCGGACAAAGUUUAUGAAGACGAAGAAUGCACAAAACUGAAUCCACUGAAGGUGCCUCAUCUGAAGCCUGUCUUUGAGCCGGAUACAGGUACAAUAACGGCUGCAAAUGCAAGCACUAUAAGCGAUGGUGCAGCUGCACUGGUGAUUGUUGGUGGUAGUUUUUUGGCCCAGCGAGAGUAUUAUCGACCGAUGGCGCAGAUUUUGGGUUACACCGAAGUUGGACUGGAACCAAAAGAUUUCAGUCGUGCUCCAUCUGUUGCUGCCAAAAAGUUGCUCGAAAAAACCGGUCUUUCUGUUGAGCAGAUCUCAUUGUGGGAAGUGAACGAGGCGUUUGCUCUGACAGCAAUUGUAUUCAUGCGUGAUAUGGGUCUGCCCGAUGCUACUCGUAUAAAUAUCCAUGGAGGAGCCGUUGCACUGGGUCAUCCCAUUGGAGCAUCCGGCGCACGAAUUGUUGUUACGCUUCUGCAUGCACUUCAACCGAACAGAAUUGGGAUUGCGACGAUUUGUAAUGGAGGGGGUGAAGCAACUGCUAUUGCAGUGAGACGUCUGGCAGACUGCGAUUGA